AAUGAGCGGAGAGAGCCCCCCUCCCAAACUGCCUGCUUCUCCCGCAAGUGGAGCUUCUACGUCGGAUUGCUGCUCUGCAGCGUAGCUCUAGGGGCGCGCGCUUUCGGAAAGGAAAGGCGGGGCGGCAGGGGAGGGAACCCCCGCCCGAUGGAUGUUACAGGAAAGGAAAGGAGAAUCUGGAGCGAGGAGAAAGAGGGCCUGCCUUCACCUGCAACAGAAUUCCCCAACCCACCAAGGAUUUGAGACCCAUCAGCUAUCCUCACCUGCUUUAGCCGGCCGGUUGAAGCCGUUCCUGGGAUUGUGGCCCCUAUUCCAUCCUGACAGCUUCUGGAAGCCACAGGCAGUGUCAGAGUGACUGACAAGCUGGGAUACAAUCCAUCAGCAUCCGAUGUGUUACGGAAGGGGGGGGCGAUAGCAAUUGCCUGAAUCUUCCCAGUCAAAGGACCCAUUUUCAUGAUACGUGUGACUGGAAGCUCUACACACCGGGUGUGCCUGUGCAGGCCAAAGACUGCCAGUAUUGGCACAGGUGAGGGCUUGACUUCAGGUGCAGCAGAAUUCCCCAGCCCCCCAAGGAUUUGAGACCCACCAGUUUUCCUCACCUGGUUUAGCCGGCCGGUUGAAGCCGUUGCUUGAACCCCUGUUGCAUGCUGACAGCUUCUGGAAGCCACAGGCAAUGUCAGAGUGACUGACAAGCUGGGAUACAAUCCAUCAGCAUCCGAUGAUAGCAAUUGCCUGAAUCUUCCCAGUCAAAGGACCCAUUUUCAUGAUACGUGUGACUGGAAGCUCUACACACCGGGUGUGCCUGUGCAGGCCAAAGACUGCCAGUAUUGGCACAGGGCCUGCCUUCACCUCAACAGAAUUCCCUCAUACACCAAGGAUUUGAGACCCAUCAGAUAUCCUCACCUGGUUUAGCCAGCCAGUUGAAGCCGUUCCUGGGAUUGUGGCCCCUAUUCCAUCCUGACAGCUUCUGGAAGAAACAGGAUUCCCUUUCUUCCCACUCUGAAGAAGGAGAUGGAGAAGACAGUCAAAACUCCAGGGGAUUGGAUACCUGUCCCACCCAUUAGGAAUAGAAAGUAAAAUGUGUGAAAUGCGGACUAUGCAUCAUUGAAUGAGCACACAUAGUUCACAUCAACGACCUCCAACAGGGGAGACACCAUUUAAAUGCAUGGAGUGCGGAAAGAGCUUCAGUCAGAAUGGAGACCUUAAAUUACACCAGCGGAUUCACACAGGGAAGAAACCAUAUAAAUGUAUGGAGUGUGAGAAGAGUUUUAGUAUUAGUGGAAGCCUUAGAAUACAUCAACGGACUCACACAGGGGAGAAACCAUUUAAAUGCCUGGAGUGCGGAAAGCGCUUCAGUCUGAAUGGACACCUUAGAAUACAUCAACGGACUCACACAGGGGAGAAACCAUUUAAAUGUAUAGAGUGCGGAAUGAGCUUUAGUGAUAAUGGAAGCCUUAGAAGACAUCAACGGACUCAUACAGGGGAGAACCCAUUUAAAUGUAUAGAGUGCAAAAAGAGCUUUAGUCAUAAUGGAAACCUUAGAGCACAUCAACGGACUCAUACAGGGGAGAACCCAUUUAAAUGUAUAGAGUGCAAAAAGAGCUUUAGUCAUAAUGUAAUCCUUAGAGCACAUCAACGGACUCACACAGGAGAGAAACCAUUUAAAUGCCUGGAGUGCGGAAAGAGCUUCAGUCACAGUGGACACCUUAGAGCACAUCAACGGACUCACACAGGGGAGAAACCAUUUAAAUGCCUGGAGUGCGGAAAGAGCUUCAGUCAGAGUGGAUACCUUAAAUUACACCAGCGGAUUCACACAGGGGAGAAACCAUAUAAAUGUAUAGAGUGCGGAAAGAGCUUUAGUCAGAAUGGACACCUUAGAAUACAUCAACGGACUCACAUAGGGGAGAAACCAUAUAAAUGUAUAGAGUGCGCAAAGAGCUUUAGUGAUAAUGGAAGCCUUAGAAGACAUCAACGGACUCACACAGGGGAGAAACCAUUUAAAUGCCUGGAGUGCGGAAAGAGCUUUUCUGAUAAUGAAUACCUUAGAAGACAUCAACGGACUCACACAGGGGAGAAACCAUUUAAAUGCCUGGAGUGCGGAAAGAGCUUUUCUGAUAUUCAAUACCUUAGAAAACAUCAACGGACUCACACAGGAGAGAAACCAUUUAAAUGCCUGGAGUGCGGAAAGAGCUUUACUGAUAAUGAACACCUUAGAACACAUCAACGGACUCACACAGGGGAGAAACCAUUUAAAUGCCAGGAGUGCGGAAAGAGCUUUAGUGAUAAUGGAAGCCUUAGAACACAUCAACGGACUCACACAGGGGAGAAACCAUAUAAAUGUAUAGAGUGCAAAAAGAGCUUUAGUCAGAAUGGAAGCCUUAGAGCACAUCAACGGACUCAUACAGGGGUGAAACCAUUUAAAUGCCUGGAGUGCGGAAAGAGCUUUAGUGAUAAUGGAAGCCUUAGAAGACAUCAACGGACUCACACAGGAGAGAAACCAUUUAAAUGCCUGGAUUGCGGAAAGAGCUUUAGUGAUAAUGGAAGCCUUAGAAGACAUCAACGGACUCACACAGGGGAGAAACUAUAUAAAUGUAUAGAGUGCAAAAAGAGCUUUAGUCAUAAUGGAAAGCUUAGAGCACAUCAACGGACUCAUACAGGGGAGAAACCAUAUAAAUGUAUAGAGUGUGGAAAGAGCUUUAGUGAUAAUGGAACCCUUAGAAGACAUCAACGGACUCACACAGGGGAGAAACCAUUUAAAUGCCUGGAUUGCGGAAAGAGCUUUAGUGAUAAUGGAAGCCUUAGAAGACAUCAACGGACUCACACAGGGGAGAAACCAUAUAAAUGUAUAGAGUGCAAAAAGAGCUUCAGUCAGAAUGGAAACCUUAGAGCACAUCAACGGACUCAUACAGGGGUGAAACCAUUUAAAUGCCUGGAGUGCGGAAAGAGCUUUAGUGAUAAUGGAAGCCUUAGAAGACAUCAACGGACUCACACAGGAGAGAAACCAUUUAAAUGCCUGGAGUGCGGAAAGAGCUUUAGUGAUAAUGGAAGCCUUAGAACACAUCAAGGGACUCACACAGGGGAGAAACCAUAUAAAUGUAUAGAGUGGAAAAAGAGCUUUAGUCAUAAUGGAAAGCUUAGAGCACAUCAACGGACUCAUACAGGGGAGAAACCAUAUAAAUGUAUAGAGUGCGGAAAGAGCUUUAGUCAUAAUGGAAGCCUUAGAAGACAUCAACGGACUCACACAGGAGAGAAACCAUUUAAAUGCCUGGAGUGCGGAAAGAGCUUCAGUCAGAGUGGACACCUUAGAAAACAUUGGCAGACACAUGACGGAUAAACUGUUUAAAUGUAUGGCGUGUGGUAGGAGCUGCAGUCAGAGUGGAACCCUUGAUUUAUGUCAACAAACUCACACAAAAGACAAACCUUAUAAAUAUCAGGAACGUA